GCUGGGCACCAGCUGAGCCGGCCUUUUCCCAAACCUGCUUUGCUUGUGCGGGGCCCUUUCCUUCCUCCUGCACCUGAGCCCUUGUUCUGGGGGCUGCCUGGGGGUCAGGACCACCCUCUGGAGGCGGGAGCUGGUGCCCUGCAGCACCUCUGAGAAUGAGCCCAGCUGGCCUCUGCCCUGGGGCUCUGUAGGAUGGCGUAGAGGACGCACGUUAAGCAGGAGAGUUGGGCCGGCCGCAGGACCCUGCCUACAGGCGCGGUGGCAGCAGGUGAAGGGGUCCCUGUUCCUGACGGAGGGGUCAUGGCUUUCAUGUUGCUCCCCCGGCGUCUGGCCUGCAGCUUCUGGCACAGCCACCUCCUGCUUGUGUCUGGAGCCAGACACAUCAGUCAAGCUGCAGCCAAAGUUGAUGUUGAGUUUGACUAUGAUGGGCCCCUGAUGAAGACAGAAGUCCCAGGUCCUAGGUCUCUGGAAUUAAUGAAACAGCUGAAUAUGAUUCAGAAUGCAGAGGCUGUACAUUUUUUCUGCAACUAUGAAGAGAGCCGAGGCAACUACCUGGUCGAUGCGGAUGGUAACCGCAUGCUGGAUCUUUACUCCCAGAUCGCCUCUAUCCCCAUUGGUUACAGCCAUCCUGCCCUGGCAAAACUGGUCCAGCAGCCUCAGAAUGUGAGCGCCUUCAUCAACAGACCUGCCCUGGGCAUCCUGCCUCCGGAGAACUUCGUGAACAAGCUCAGGGAGUCCUUGCUGUCGGUGGCUCCCAAGGGGAUGUCCCAGCUUGUCACCAUGGCAUGCGGCUCCUGCUCCAACGAAAACGCCUUCAAGACCAUCUUCAUGUGGUACCGGAGCAAGGAAAGAGGGCAAAGAGGGUUCUCAAAAGAGGAGCUGGAGUCCUGCAUGAUUAACCAGGCCCCCGGGUGCCCUGACUACAGCAUCCUCUCCUUUAUGGGCGCUUUCCACGGGAGGACCUUGGGUUGCCUAGCGACCACGCACUCCAAAGCAAUUCACAAGAUCGACAUCCCGUCCUUCGACUGGCCCAUUGCUCCGUUCCCGCAGCUGAAGUACCCUCUGGAGGAGUUUGAGAAGGACAACCAGCAGGAGGAGGCCCGCUGCCUAGAGGAGGUGGAGGAUCUGAUUGUCAAAUACCGGAAGAAGAAGAAGACUGUGGCCGGGAUCACCGUGGAGCCCAUCCAGUCCGAGGGUGGGGACAACCACGCAUCAGAUGACUUCUUCCGGAAGCUGAGAGACAUCGCCAGGAAGCAUGGCUGUGCCUUCCUGGUAGAUGAAGUCCAGACCGGAGGGGGCUGCACCGGCAAGUUCUGGGCCCACGAGCACUGGGGCUUGGACGACCCAGCAGACCUGAUGAGCUUCAGCAAGAAGAUGAUGGUUGGGGGCUUCUUCCACAAGGAGGAGUUCCGGCCCAAUGCUCCUUAUCGGAUCUUCAACACCUGGCUGGGGGACCCAUCCAAGAACUUACUGCUGGCUGAGGUCAUCAACAUUAUCAAACGUGAGGACCUGAUGAACAACGCAGCCCAUGCAGGGAAGGUCCUGCUCACAGGACUGCUGGACCUCCAGGCCCGGUACCCUCAGUUCAUGAGCAGGGUAAGAGGACGAGGUACCUUUUGCUCCUUUGAUGCUCCAGAUGAUUCCAUACGGAAUAAACUCAUUUUAAUCGCCAGAAACAAAGGUGUGGUAUUGGGAGGCUGUGGCGACAAGUCCAUCCGUUUCCGUCCCACACUGGUCUUCAGGGCACACCACGCUCAGCUGUUCCUCAAUAUCUUCAAUGACAUCUUAGCAGACUUCAAGUAGAGCAGCCAUUUCCACUGCACUCCGAGAAAGCCUCAAUCUCAGCAGUCGUCAGCGUGAUUAGUUUGCCUAAUUCAUGUUUCCACUUUAAAGUAUCAGAGGUGAAUGCAUAAGUAGAAAGGUUAUUUGUGGGGAAGGGAUGUUUUUGGUGGCUGUGGGGUGGGGGGAGGGCAAGGGAAGGAAGGGCUGGUUUGGGGUUUCCUGCCUGGAGAGCCGAUGGGACACACCGGUUGAAGCCCAGAAAUUCUGCUUGACCCCUGGACAGUCUUGGGAAGGGCCACGGGGGUCCUGGACAUAUUUCUCCCCACCCGUGACCAACCCCAACCGUCUCUUUGGAAGCCAGUCAAGGUAAUCAUACCUUCUCCUGGACUGGUGGCCAGGACUCUUGGGUUCUGGUUCAUCUCAGGUGCCCUGUUUGGUGAUCAGAGAUGCUGGCUUCCCCUCAUCCUCCAGGAGCGAUUUGCGCUCACCUUCUCACCCAGCCCCCAAGCUUGGGGUGCCCCAUCUAGGGUUCAGUGGGACUGAAUGGCUCAUAGGAAGGCUGUGAUGUGGGGACAUGAGGACCGAGCUUGGGGCCGGGGAGGGGGCAUCUGGUCUCCUGAUGAGGCGGGCCACCCCUCAGUCCAACUGGAGGUUUCUCUAAACUGGAUUCUGUCCUUGAGGGCCUCUGCCCUUGGAGGAGCUCUGGGUGGCAUCAUCUAUGGUUUUUAUUCAAUAUCCUCCACUCCCCCAACACAUGUCAGCCUACAGCAGUGUGGGAGGGACCUGCAGCCUGAGUGCCCAGGGGACAUACUUGAGCCAAAGGGUCAGAAGCACAAGCCUGUCACCCCAGAAGCGUAGGCCAGAUCCUCUUGGGGUCUGACUUUGGUCCCCCAUCCUGGGGGGGCUCUCUCCAGCUUUCACUCGUCAUCUUGAGGGGCCAUUGCUGGACUCAAUUUCCUCUUGAGAGAAGUGCCAUGAAUUAAAGGCACCGGAGCAACACACAUGCAAAGGCAGCCUUUUCGUUUGACGUGGCUUCCUUGUCCUUGCCUCUAAUCUGAGCUUUUCUUAAGAUGCCUGAGCCUGGAGAUUAGCAGGCACACAAUGAAAUGCCUUUGAAGAGUCUGCAGGAGGUGAGACAUUCUGGGAACUGAUUCGACCUCACAUGCUCCUCACAGAGCACUUGAUAGUCCCGCCGCUAUGAGACAUUACUUAGUGGGCAGACUGCGGGAGUCUGGCUUGGUUCUCUGUCCAGAAGGAAGCCACUUGGUCUCCCGGUGCCUCGGCUGUUUUGGAAAAUGAGGAUGUCAAGAUUCCUGAUGCAGCACUUGGCUCUUUUAAUAACUAAUCAUCCAAAGAGUCAGCUUUCUCUCUUCCUCAGUCCCAGUCAUCAACCUCUUUUUCGUGAGAAAUGAAACGCACUGACAUUUAACAGACGUGGACAGAUCCAGUUCGCUCUGCAUUCCUGCGGUCGGCAGCCCAUCAGCCACUUUUCGUACGGAGUUCUGCCAGUCCAAGGCCAUCUGCACCGCCCACUAAGUGAGGAUCUAUGCCUCCCCCUUGCUGCAAGGUUUCAUUCAUCUGUAUGUUUAUUUAUAUUCCGUCUUCCCUCACUCAUCAAACUUCCAUGAAAUACCUGCCCCAUCCCAGGCCCUGUGCUGAGCACCAGGAAUACAAACUUGAAAUAAAAGGGACUCACAUCCUAGUGGGAACAGUAGACUCUCAAACCAAUAAUUAAACCAGCCUGACAAGUACAGUAACAGCAGAAGACUAGAUAAGUCAGAGAGAGAACUCCAAUCCUCCUACAGGUCAGAGCAGCUUUCAAGGAGAAGGGGACAUUUGAGCAUGGUUCUGCAGAAUGAACACAAGUUCUCCAAGCAGACAAGGCGAGGAGGAACACAGGUGCAAAGGCACCAAGUUCACAGUCUCAUACCUUUCAAUAGGAAGCCAGACUCCACAGGCAAAUAUCCCAAGGUUCAAGGCCUUAUUUAACAAACAGGAAAAAAUGCAAACCACCAUUCGUUUAUUGGCUUAGGUACAUUCCUUCUGGGGACUUCAGCAUUGGGCACCAAUGUUCAGUGAGGUUCUUGGAGUCCAAAGGGUUUCAAGCCAGAGCACAGCUGGAAACAGUGAAGGGAGUGGCUCCACUAUUUUGUUCUUUCCUCCUGGGGCACUGACAGAGGAAUGGAAUCAGUUCGUCUGGAAAAAUCAUUUCCAGAUUUAUUAUUCACUCCUUAAGAAGGGAAGAUACUUCCCAUUAAAAAAAAAAAUUUUUUUUUUAAGCCAUUGACAACAAGUUCUUGUGUAUUCAGGGCAUGCUGAGUUCCUGAGACAUCUUCUUUAGGGGACUAGAGGUUUAGCUAGAAGAAUUUCAAGGUAAGGAUUUUGGCAGAGCUCAAGAUGGUAGCAACUCGGAAGACACUGGAGGAAACACAGGAAGCCCCGUGGACAGGCUCCUGUCUACGGCAGGGCUGAUGAGGAAGAGCUCCUGACCCAACAGCUUCUGUGGGACAUCAGCCAUCAUGCAUUAGUACCGUAGAGUUUAGUAAAUGUCUCUAGCAAGUAUUGUCACUUUUACAGAAAACAAGGUCCAAUACUAGUGAGUCUUCGCACAUCCUCCCUUUUAUUAUAAAUUUGUUUUUUUUUAAUAAUUUUUACUGAUACUCAGUAACCAUGCAAAGCUGUGCACAUUAAUACGUCUCUAUCUGUACCUACCUAUACCUGCAUAUAUAUAAGCUCUUGGUAGAAAA